AGGCUUUGAAACUGACCUUCAGAGCUCCGCUCCCUCCCAGCACCAUGCCUUACAACUGCUGCCUGCCCAACCUGAGCUGCCGCUCCAGCUGCCCCUCCCGGCCCUGCGUGGCCCCCAGCUGCCAUAACAUCCCCCUGCCCGGGGCCUGCAACAUCCCCGCCAAUGUGGGCAACUGUGGCUGGUUCUGCGAGGGCUCCUUCAACGGCAGCGAGAAGGAGACCAUGCAGUUCCUGAAUGACCGCCUGGCCAGCUACCUGGAGAAGGUGCGCCAGCUGGAGCGGGAGAAUGCAGAGCUGGAGUGCCUCAUCCGGGAGCGGUGCCAGCAGCAGGAGCCCUUGAUGUGCCCCAGCUACCAGUCCUACUUCCGGACCAUCGAGGAGCUCCAGCAGAAGAUCCUGUGCACCAAGGCGGAGAAUACCAGGCUGGUGGUGCAGAUUGACAACGCCAAGCUGGCUGCGGAUGACUUCAGAACCAAGUACGAGACGGAGCUGGGCUUGCGGCAGCUGGUGGAGUCGGACAUCAACAGCCUGCGCAGGAUCCUGGACGAGCUGACCCUGUGCAAGUCCGACCUGGAGGCCCAGGUGGAGUCCCUGAAGGAGGAGCUGCUCUGCCUUAAGCAGAACCACGAGCAGGAAGUCAACACCCUGCGUUGCCAGAUUGGGGACCGCCUCAACGUGGAGGUGGACGCUGCCCCCACGGUGGACCUGAACCGCGUGCUCAAUGAGACCAGGUGUCAGUAUGAGGCCCUGGUGGAGACCAACCGCAGGGACGUGGAGGAAUGGUACAACACCCAGACUCAGGAGCUGAACAAGCAGGUGGUGUCCAGCUCGGAGCAGCUGCAGACCUGCCAGGCAGAGAUCAUUGAGCUGAGACGCACGGUCAAUGCCCUGGAGAUCGAGCUGCAGGCCCAGCACAACCUGAGGGACUCUCUGGAGAACACGCUGACAGAGACGGAGGCCCGCUACAGCUCCCAGCUGUCCCAGAUGCAGUGCAUGAUCACCAACGUGGAGUCCCAGCUGGCCGAGAUCAGGGGCGACCUGGAGCGACAGAACCAGGAGUACCAGGUGCUGCUGGACGUCCGGGCGCGGCUGGAGUGUGAGAUUAACACGUAUCGGGGCCUGCUGGAGAGCGAGGAUUGCAAGCUCCCCUGCAACCCCUGUGCCACAACCAACGCGUGUGACAAGCCCAUCGGGCCCUGCAUCACCAAUCCCUGUGCCCCUUGUGGCCCCCGCAUCCGCUGUGCGCCCUGCAGCACCUUUGGGUGCUAG